AUGGCUAUCGGCGAAAUUGUCACCGAGGAUUCGCUGUUACCAGUCCUGAAUGCGAGCACCGAAACCCUCCUUCAGUGUCAGCAUCUUCUGACCCUGCUUAAUCCCGCCGGUGCCCCCGAGCCCUCCCAGCUCCACGAAUUUUCGCUCGGCGUCGCAAAGCAACAGAAAGUGCUCAUUUCUUUACUGUCGCAGCUUCGUGGUAAAAACCGCGACGCCAUCCACAGUGUGCGCGAGACAAAACAGGCUACUGCUGAAGCCCGUCAGGAAAUCGACCGUCUGCACCUUCAACUACAGAACUUGUAUUAUGAACAGAAACACCUGACCGGCGAAAUCGCUGCGUGUGACGCUUAUGAUCACAAGUACCGUUUGCUGCCCUUGAUUCCCGUCGAAGAGUUCCUUCAGAUAUUUCCCGAGCAUGAGCAGACUAGUGAACAUGAUCUGAUGAUUGCCCGAAUUAGCCACGAACAUGCUGAACGGGAAAAACUCGAACAAGGCCGUCAGGAGUUGUUGAAGCGCAAACAGGCGCUUAUUGCCGAGAACAAGAAACGCAAAGAUGACCUCGCCAGCUUGGACAAGGAUCUUGAAAAGUUCAUUGAUGCUGCCAAACCGAUCCAGAAGAUUUUCGAGAAGGAAUACUAG